GGAGAAAACAAAAUGGCGGCGUGGAAUCCUUUUGCCAUCUGGCUUGUUGUCGCUGCUAUCGUUGGAUUUUUCCUACUAACAGCGGUAUUGAUAGCACAAUGGAAAGAAAAGAAGAAGAAGAAGGAUAAAACAGCUGUGCGUGAUCCAGUGAGAGUGAAUGAAGUUGUUGGUCCUGCAGGAAGACGAAGAGUGCGAAAUGCCAGAAAUAGAAUGAAUGCCGCUAGAAGGAAUGAAAGAGAUGAUGAUGAUGAUGAUGACUACAAUGAUGUAGAUGAUGAUGGAGGUGGUGCUUUCCCUAUGGCAUUUGAUGAUCAGAUGCCAAUGGGGAAAAUAGGGACAAAGAAAUUAAAAAAACUGGAAAUGAAAGCAGAGAAGAAAGCCAUGAGAGAGCAAAUGGAGGCAGAAAGAGAAGACAGGAAAGAAAGAGAAGCCUUGCGUGAAGCUGAAAGAAAAAGAGAAGAUGAAAGAAGAAAACAAGAACAGGAAAGAAGGGAAGAAGAGGAGAGGAUUCGAAAAGAAGAAGAGGAAAAGAAAGCUUAUGAAGAAUACUUGGCAAUGAAAGAAGCUUUCCUGGUGGAGGAAGAAGGUGUUGGAGAAACAGAGGAAGAGACUCAAGCACUUCUACAAGAUUUCAUCAACUACAUCAAGGACAAGAAAGUCGUUAUGUUGGAGGAUUUAGCCUGUCAGUUUGGCCUGCGCACCCAGGAAGCAAUCAAUAGAUUACAGAUCCUGCAAGAGUCUGAACAGAUUACAGGGGUGAUAGACGACAGAGGUAAGUUCAUCUACAUCUCCAAAGAAGAACUGGAAUCCGUCGCAAAGUUCAUCAGACAGCGAGGCCGUGUGACCAUCACAGAUCUCGCAGAAUCAAGCAACAAGCUAAUCAACCUACAGGCAAACACAAAUCAAGUAGAAGCCACAGCUUAAAAAAAUGUAAAAUAUUAUUAAAAUAAAGAGAGAAUAACAUGAGCUUCUCUGCCCAUGGAAGAAGAGGAAGAUGGAAGAACAACGAAAAGACUACAAGAAGAAUAGUAGAAGAAAGAAGUUACGAAAACCUGCGCGUUCCAGCUUGUAUAGUUAUCUUGCGUCACUAGAACGUAGUAGAGCGAUUCCCCUUCGCCCGUGAAAGAAUAGUCAACGUAAUACAUAGUACUAGACACACAUUCCAUUGUUUUCUUUUUUUUUCUUUGACUGUUACUCACUAAUAAUGCGACUUUGUUUCAUUGACUUAGUAUUUGGUCAAAAAUGUCAGUCUUGGAAUACGCGCGUUUUAAAAUCGUAAUUUAAUCUUACAAAUAGUUUUUGUCUUUUAUGAGGAAGGAUAUUAAACAAAUACACGAAA